AUGGAUUUGAUUUGGGCUGAUUAUGGGCCUCAUUAUGUGAAAGUAAGGAAGCUCUGUAAUCUUGAGCUUUUUACUCCUAAAAGACUUGAAGCUCUUAGACCUAUUAGAGAAGAUGAAGUUACUGCUAUGGUUGAAAACAUUUUCAANGGGGGGGUUCUACGGCCGCAUAAUUCCAUAUGUGAUCCGCAAAUUUCUUCAGUUGGUAGGAGAGUGGAUUCUGCAGCCGCACAUUUUUGGAUUGCGGCUGCGAAGCAACUUCUGUGGCCGUACAAUUCCCGUGCGGUCCGCACUUCAGCAAGGCGUCAGGACUUAGUCUUCUGCAUACUCUCUAGACUUGGAAGUACUUGUUAG